UGACGGUCCCGAGGCCCGGGAAGGGCCCCCAGAGGCCGCAAAAUGACGCGAGGAGGUCUGGGAAGGCAGACAGCCGACGAAGAGCGCGAGACGCGGCAGCAGGGCGGAACCACCCUGCGGCGCGAAUCGCCCAAAUGGCUUCGAGACGAGGCGCGUGCCGCAGCCUCUGGGCCGGCGUCGGGGGGAAGAGAGCAAUUAACGAGAGUUCAAAGUGGGCGCGGCACGAGCGACGCAUUAAAUAGAGGGCAGAAAAUCCACCCCGAUAGCAACCACCCCGACACGCGAAGCCGUUUAGUAAACAUGCCAAUUGUCCGGCCCGGGUGGUUUUUCCUCCCUUGAUUAAACAGUCCGAGUGCGGGCAGGAUGUGUAUCCAUACCCGCUGCGACUUGGAGUCUCGGGCUCCCCUAUUCCCGGAAGCCCGCUGCGCAGCGCGUAUGCGCACAGACCUGGCCCUUCUUUUUGGGGGGGCCAGGCUCUCGGCCCUGUGGCGCCCCUUCCCAGAAAGUCCAAGACGCAGGGUGGCCACGCGCUCUGCCCGAGCGGCACCGGAGGAGGAGCUAAAGCGGCCGCAGGGCCCAGAGGGGAGGCUGGACGGGCACCUGCGGAGGCUGCCCUUCACUCCAGCAAGCUCGACUGCAAAUCGGUUCGGCCUUCGCCUCCUGGACCAUCCCUCCUCACCCUCAUCCUGGGGAGCCCCUGAGAGCGCCAAGGAGCGCGACGACAACGACGACGACGACGACGACGACGACGACGACGACGACGACGACGACGACGACGACGACGACGGCGCCAAGGAGCGCGACGCCCGGCGAGGGCGCGCAGCCGCGCGCGGCUGCGCGGCGUCCUCUGGCAGGGCGGCGACCGCAAGGCCGAAAGAGGCGCGCGGCCCCGCAGCCGCACGCGCGGCCCUCGCGCAGCAGCUUCGCUGCGGCGGGGCGCGGGAAGGGCACGGGGCAGCGAGCAGAAGGAGCACCGAAGGGGGGAGGGGGAGGGGGGGGGGGGAGAGAGUGGGCGGCGUGGAGCCACGCACCUCCAGGAGCCGCUGCGCGGGUGCCGCCUGAUGCGCAGGUGUCCAGGCACGCCCUAAAGGACGAGGCGUGCUCGCCAGAUCGUCGCCGGACAAAAGGCUGCUGGAUGAGGGAGGGGGAGAAUGGGGAAGGACGGAGGGGAGGACAAGGAAGACGGGAAGUGGAGCCACGCACCUCGGCACAUGAAAUACGCGCAUUGUGCCCAGGAGCCGCUGCGCGGGUGCCGCCUGAUGCGCAGGUGGCCAGGCACGCCCUAAAGGACGAGGCGUGCUCGCCAGAUCGUCGCCAGACUUGAAGCUGCUGGAUGAGGAAGGGGGAGAAAGAGGAAGGGCGGAGGAGAAGAAGAGGAGGAGGAGAGAUGAGGGGCAUGACGUCCGCAGGCCCUCAAAAAAAGGGAGCGCCCCCGGGGGGGGCUCGAACUCCAGGACGCGGUCCUUGCCC